CUCCCAGGGUGCACCUCGGCCAAACACCAUGGUUCUUCUCAAGAACAAGACACUUUAAAUUUUGUGCUCAAACAGUCCAUUUUCAGUGAUGCAGACUUUUAUCGUCUCCGCGCUACUUUUCGGAACCUGUGCGACGACCUCAAACCCCAAAGUGUCCCAUUCUUCCCACAGUUCCUAUGAGAACUACUUCACUGCAAUAUGGCACAACAGGCUCUACUUGUACACAGCUGCUGCACUUUCCUUUGGACUGUGGUUCUUACUCAAGAUGGUUCUGAAGAAGGAAAGCGUCUCAAACGACGUUGGCCUCCUGGGGCUCCACAAAGCUGUGAGGAAAGACGACCAUUGUGAUGGACAUGCUGAGCUCCACGUGUCUGGAGUCAAAGUCUUCUUUGGCUCUCAGACUGGAACAGCUAAAAGCUUUGCUAAAGAGCUGUGUGAGGACGUGAGAAGUUUUGGCCUUCCGGCCGAGGCGAUCAACAUGAAAGAGUACGAUCCAGAUGAUCAGCUGGCUGAUGAGUGCACCAGUAAGUCGGUGUGUGUGUUCCUGGUGGCCACCUACACUGACGGGCAGCCGACCGAUAACGCCGAGUGGUUCUGCAAGUGGUUGGAGGAGGCGUCGACGGAUUUCCGAUACGGGAAGACGUACCUGAAAGGCCUUCGAUACGCAGUGUUUGGUCUGGGCAACUCUGUCUAUGUGGGCCACUACAACACGGUGGGCAAAAACGUGGACAAGUGGCUGUGGAUGCUGAGCGGCGCGCGUAUCAUGAGCCGGGGCGAAGGCGACACCAAUGUGGUGAAGAGCGCCAACGGCAGCAUCCAGGCUGACUUCGUGGCCUGGAAGAUCAAGUUCAUGAAACGACUGCAGGCUCUUUGCGAGGACGAGAUGAAGAACUGCUGUGGGAAGAGGAAGACUUCCUGUUUGACGACACAAAGAGAUGAGGAGGAGGAGGAGGAGAACUCCAAUCUGGACAAGAACGGCUCUGAGGAGGAGCUGCUUGAGUCCAGCAGUGAUGACGAUGGCUCGCCCUCCUCGGGCUCUGUGCUCGAUGUGGAGGAUCUGGGCAGCAUGAUGAGCAGUGUCAAAAGAGCCAAGCAGAGCCGAGGAGACGACCAGAUGGUGAAGCGGGCCAAAAAUGGCAUGAGGAAGAGUGAAAAGGAAGAGGAGAGACGUGAGAUGAUCACUCCCGCCCUCAGAGAAGCCCUAACCAAACAAGGUUACAAGCUGAUCGGCAGUCACUCGGGGGUGAAACUCUGCCGAUGGACCAAGUCCAUGUUGCGAGGACGAGGAGGCUGCUACAAGCACACUUUCUACGGCAUCGAGUCCCACCGCUGCAUGGAGACCACCCCCAGCCUGGCCUGCGCUAACAAGUGUGUCUUCUGCUGGAGACACCACACCAACCCGGUGGGCACCGAGUGGCGCUGGAAGAUGGACCCCGCUGAAAAGAUCCUACAGGAUGCGCUGGAGAAGCACCAGAACAUGAUCCGACAGUUCAGAGGUGUCCCCGGAGUGAAGGCAGAGCGCUACGAGGAGGGCCUGUCGGUACAGCACUGUGCUCUGUCGCUGGUGGGAGAGCCAAUCAUGUACCCGGAAAUCAACGACUUUGUCCGCCUUCUCCAUUCCCGCCACAUCUCCAGCUUUCUGGUCACAAACGCUCAGUUCCCAGAGGAAAUCAGGAGCCUCGUGCCAGUCACCCAGUUAUACGUGAGUGUCGACGCCAGCACCAAGGACAGCCUAAAGAAGAUUGACAGGCCGCUCUUCAAGGACUUCUGGAGUCGCUUCCUGGACAGCCUCAAGGCCUUGGGAGAGAAGAGGCAGAGGACGGUCUACAGGCUGACGCUGGUUAAGGCGUGGAACGUGGAGGAGAUGCAGGCCUACUCGGAGCUCGUCGCGUUGGGACAGCCAGACUUCAUUGAGGUCAAGGGUGUGACAUACUGCGGUGAAAGCUCGGCCAGCAGCCUGACCAUGGCCAACGUCCCGUGGCACCAGGAAGUGGUCUCCUUCGUCCAGCAGCUGGUCGACAUGCUGCCUCAGUAUGAGAUUGCCUGCGAGCACGAGCACUCCAACUGCCUGCUAAUUGCGCACACCAAGUUCAAGGUGGAUGGCGAGUGGUGGACCUGGAUUGAUUACAAGCGCUUCCAGGACCUGGUCCGGGCUCACGAGGAGAGCGGGGGACGUAGCAGCUUCUCUUCGAUGGAUUACAUGGCCCGGACCCCCGGCUGGGCUUUGUUCGGAGCGCACGAGCAGGGUUUCGACCCGGUCGAGACUCGCUUUCAGAGGCGCAACAAAACCAAAGACCUGUCUGGAUGCUGAUUGGUCCACUUGGGCAUGUCUGCCUCCUCCCUUCCGUCUUGUUUCCUUUUCAAAUGACAGUUUUUAUUUGGCCACACUCUUAUUUUGAAGAUAUUCCCUGUUUUUUUUUUUUUUUGUU